AUGGAGGCACAGCUGAUCCAGGCGGUCGAAAUCGCCUCGAACCCGCUCGCCAAUGCUGGGCCAGAACUCACCUCCCAGGCGCUCCAGUUCCUCGAACACCUCAAGAGCAUCACCGAGGAGAGCUGGAGCGUCGGCUGGGCCGUAUGGUCAGCCAGAAACGAUGGCGGCGACGGGCCAAAGUACAGCCACAAUGCCAGAAUGUUCGGACUGAUGCUGGUCGACGACUUCCUAGAGAACAAGAUCGGCAUGUCGAGCGAUCCGGCCGCUGCCGUGGCCACGUUGCAGGAGGCCGCCGUCAGCUACAUUCAGCAAGAGUACGUGGCAGGCUCCGGCGAUCAGGCUGUGCCUUACCUCAAGAACAAGUUCGCUCAGGUGCUCGCAGUGUUGCUGCUCCAGACCUACAGCCUGCCACCUCCGUUUACGCUGCUUCCGACGCUGCUUUCGCUCUACCGCGCCCACCCUUCGAACUCACCUUCGCUCGGCGCCGGCUCGUCUUCGCAGCUGCCGCUCAACCCAUACACCUCGGACCUGGUGCUGCGGGUCCUGCACGACCUCUCGGUCACGCUGGGCUCUGACGCCACGUUGCGGGCCGUCCGCUCGAGGGAGAGGCUGCAGCGCGAUGCCGCCAUCCGCGAUGAGAUCCGCGCCAACCACGCCGCCAGCAUCGCAGAGACGGUGUGGAGCAUCGUCGAGCAGGGCCACGCCAGGGUCAACCAGGGCGCCGCGGCCGACGCUGCAGCGGCCGGCGGCGGCUCGGGCCUCCGGACGAUGACGUACGCCAACGCCGUCGAGCUGACUGCGGCGGCGACCAAGGUCGUCGAGGACUACGUCUCUUGGAUCGACAUAUCCCUCUUUGUGACGGGCCAGACGGUGCCGCUGCUGUUCCAGCUGCUCCACCACACGCUCCCCUCGCUGCGCGCCGCCGCCGCCGACGCGCUGCACGGCGUCGUCAGCAAGGGCAUGAAGCCCGCCGACAAGCUGUCGCUCGCACAGGCGCUCAACCUGACCGACGUGCUCCCCCCCCUCGAAGCGCGGACGCGGACGAGCGCGCCGCAGGACGACAAGGGCAAGGUCGUCUCUGGCGCCGGCGACGACAGCGAUGCCAACGUCGAGUUCCGCGAGCACCUCGCCAAGCUGACCAACGUGCUGGUGCUCGAGAUGUGCAAGAUUGUCGAGGACGAGGCGGCCGACGAGGCGACCCGCACCGCAGCCGACGCCCUGCUCAACGGGGCGCUGCCCGUGGUGCUCUGCUUCCUCUCUGACGAGUUCGACGACCCGUCGGAGCAGGUCUUGUCCGGCAUCAACGCCGUCCUCAACAACUACAAGAAGGCCAAGCGGCGGGGUGCCGCGCUGGCGCCGGUGCGCGGCGAAUUCCUCUCGAACCUGAUCCGGGUCGUGCUCCAGAAGAUGCAGUUUGACGAGGAGGCCGAGUGGAACGGCGCCAGCUUCGGCGCCGCCGACGACGACGACGAGGAAGAGGACGAGGUGGACAUCAAGUUCAUCGAGCUGCGCAAGAACCUGCAGACCAUCAUCGGCGCCAUCGCCGCCAUCGACGAGGGCCUCUUCUCCAACACGCUGCUGCAGCUGGUGCUGUCGACGUUUGCCUCGUUCGAGGCGAGCGCCGCCGGCACCGCGACGCAGCGGCUGCGCUGGCAGCAGGUCGAGCUGGCCCUGUUUGUCAUCCACUUUUACGGCGACCUCCUCACCACGGCCACGGCGGCGCCCAAGGUCGGCCUGUCGCCGGCGACGUUUGUCCAGCUGCCCGAGGGCGAGACGGCCAAGGGGCGCAACCUCAAGAUCUCCAACGAUGUUCUCGCCACGCUGCCGCUGAGCACGCUGGGAGAGAUGGUGCAGAAGCUGGUGCAGUCCAACGUAUCGGCCUACCCGCACCCAGCGGUCCAGCUGCAGUUCUUCGAGUGCCUCAUCCGCUACUCGAACUUUUUCGCCGCUCGCAGCGCCUCGGUCUCGGAGGCGCUGCCCGCCUUCCUCGACUGGCGCGGCAUCCACCACGAGCGGCAGGGCGUGCGCAAGCGCGCCAACUACCUCUUCUACCGCUUCAUCCGUGACCUGCGGACCGUCGGCGCCUUGCCGCUCGACAUCGUGCCGCGCCUGCUCGAGGGGAUGCAGGACGUGCUGGCGGUGCGCGCCGAGCUGCCAGACGUGGGACCGGACGAGGACCCGCUGCAGAAGGCGACGGCGCCCGCUGGCUUCUUUGACAGCCAGCUCUACCUGUUUGAGACGAGCGGCGUGCUGGUGUCGCUGCUGCAUGCGUCGCCCGACGACCAGGUCAUGCUGUCGCGGGCGAUUGCGCAGCCGCUCAUCGAGCAGCUGCAGCAGGCGGUGCAGGGCUUCCAGCGCGACGGCAGCGACCUGCGGCUGGUGCUGCAGGUCCACCACCUGAUGCUGGCGCUCAGCAGCCUGGCCAAGGGCUUCCCGGACGUCCACCCGCAGAGCACGCAGCCCGAGCCGCGGUGGGUCGAGGUGUUCAAGGCGGUCACGGAGCAGAUCCUCGUCAGCCUGACGGCGCUCAACCAGUUUGCCGUGAUCCGCGAGGCGGCGCGCGGCGCCUUCGCGCGCAUCGUCUCGACGUGCGGCAAGGCGGUGCUGCCCUACAUCCCCGGGCUGAUUGACGCGCUGCUGGGACAGGUCAGCGCCGAGGAGCUGAUCGACUUUAUCAACUUCCUCGGGCUGGUGGUCAACAAGUACAAGGAGAGCGUACGGCCGAUCAUCGACCAGCUCUUUCUCAUGCUCGUCGAGCGCAUCUUCUACUUCCUCAACCAGGACAUUGCCGGCACCGACGACGCCGUGCGCAAGGCCGAGCUGCAGCGCGCCUACAUCAACUUCCUCUCGGCGAUGGUCGGCUCGGGCAUGGACGGCGUCUUUGUCUCGGAGAAGAACCGCGGCCAGCUCGAGACGCUGCUGCAGAGCAUCGUAUACUACUCGACGGCGUCGGACCCGUCGUGCCAGCGCACCGCCUUUUCCAUCCUGCACCGGCUCGUCGCCACCUGGGGCGGCAAGGAGGGCGAGGACGCCACUGCCGCCGGCACCGCCGCCGCCGCCGCCAACGGCACCAAUUCGGCGGGCUCGGCCAAGUCGUCGUCGUCGUCAUCGGGCGCCACGGCGGCCGGCGCAUCGGCGACGCCGAGCAAGCCGCUGCCAGGCUUUGAGCGCUUCAUUUACGAGACGCUCGUCGGCCUCGUCUUUGAGGCGCCGGCCAAGGACACGUUCGACCUGCGCGACGCCCAGUCGCAGAUUGUGCUGGGCGAGAUUGCGCUGCUGAUGAAGACCAUCUACCUGAAGCGCGGCGAGGAGCUGGUCACCUACCUCGUCACCGUCUACUUCCCCGGCAUCAACUGCCCCGCUGAGCUGGCACAGGACUUUGUGGCCAAGCUCAAGACGCUCGAGGCCAAGCAGUUCAAGGCGUACCUGCAGCAGUUUAUCCUCCAGUCCCGGGGCGGCGCAUAG